GCGGUGCAUGCCGGGCACGGGAAAGGGAAGAGCGCGAGUGGCUGUGGCGGCUGCGGCGCGUCGGGGCCUCGAUGUCUCGGGGCGGCGGCGCGUCGGGGCCCGGCUGGGGCUGGUGGCCUCCGUCGCGGCGGCGGAAUCCUCGCGAACGAGAGCAGCAGCAGCGGGGCCGGCGGAGAGGCGGAGGGUCGUCUGAGGGCGGCCGGGCUUGGGCCUUCCCUGCGGCCGCGGCGGCAGCGGCCGCGGCGUCGCUGUCGCUGCUGGUGCUGCUGCUGGGCCUGUCCGGGGCGGCGCUCUCGCUGGUCGUGGCGGCGGCGGCCGGGGGAGCCUGGGCGGCCGCCUCGUCCUCGGCGGGAGGCGGCGGCUUCGGGAAGGAGAUGAAGGGGCCGCCGUCGCUGCCCCACCGCGCCUUCUCCCCCGCCUUGGCCAACGGGGGCCCUGCCAUGGGGGGCGGAUGCUGCUACGCCUCACCGGCCCCGGUCCUGCCCGAAAGGAAGCGGCGGCAGUUGCAGCAGCAGCAUCAAAGAGGGAGCUGCGGGUAAGAAGAGGGCGACGGGUAGUCCUCUCUCCACGCCCCCCACCCAAGAACGCUCGGAAGAAAGGAGCGCCCUUCUGCACUCUGCACAUGUUUAGGGGGCAGAAGCUUGUCACACUCCUCUCUCCACAACUUCCACCCAUGCUCGGGGGAAGAGAGGAGCGCUCUUUUGCACUCUGUACAUGCGGGGUUGUGGUGAGGAAAGACGCCUGCUGCUUGUGCAGGGCCUCCAGCAGAGCACAUGCCCAUUUAUUGGUGAUGGGAAAGCAAACCGAAGAGAAGCUGACCUUGUCCAUUAUUCUUCCUGCUCCACUGGUUGUCUUCAGCUUGUCUAGGGAGCUCCUUCUCCAUCUUUGGGCACGUGGAUGUGCAAAAUAAAGCUCCCUCAACCAUCCACAUGUUCGCCUCCCACACCUUGAACCCAGCCUUCCUUCCUUCUCCAACACACACCCCUCUCACUUGCAUGUGGGGCAAGGCACUCCUCCUGCCUGCUGUUGAGCUCCUGCCUAAAAGUGCAGUUUUUGUUCCCCAGGGUUUAGCCUUUUGUAUUGAGGCAGCUUCUGUAGCUAUGAUGGUUCCAGGAUAACUUUGGAAGAAGAGAGUGAUUUUGCUAGAGGGGUCUCUGGGGGGCCCUUGGUAAAGGUCUUGUGGGGGACCAAGGGAGCUUAGGGCAGAUUAGGACACUAGGUUUCGGGCAAGACCUUUCCCCCAGCAUGGCCUGGAGGAGCAUGUGGGCUGCAACCUCUCCUGCCCACCUCACUGCAUUCCUCCCACUUCCGGUUGCUCUUUCUGCUCUGCAUCAUUUCCCACUCUUGGCCCUGGUUGCAGUUAGUCACAAUAACUUGCCUGGCCAUGCUUGUCAUUUGACAGUGCACUGGAGUGUCAUUCAGCUUUUGUCUUUUUACUCCCUUCUCAUUAAAUUAUUUUAGUAUCAGAUCCUGGACUUCUUUACCCUUCCAAGUUCCCCAUCCAUUGCUGCUCUUCUUCUAGAGCUCCUGUCAUAUUCCUCUUGGGGCUUCCAACACAGAAAAGCUCAGGUUUCCUUUCCCCUCCCUCCUGUUUCACUUUCAUUCAAAGCCUUGGAACAUUUAAUCACCCUGCUGUGUGGUGCUAAUCCAGGUGCUUUAGUUGAAAGCAGUGGGUGCUGAAUGUCCUGAGGGAGCCCCAUCACUGCCUAGAGACCAGCCAGGCUUUUUUCUCAAGGCUGAAUGUGCCAGUUUGGGAUCAACAGUUGUGCUUGUUGCCAGACUGUGUUGAGAGAGAUUCUGUUGUUUGUUCUUUAUCAGCUUUACCAUUGUAUUUUAAAAAGGGCAGGUUAGACACUUUGAGUGAUGUUGGUUUCAGCCAGAAUAGUUAGGUGUGUAAAUGGUCUAAACAAUAAAGAAAAAGACCCAACUCAGGCAUGUGUCCUUUUGCUGGCAGUAGCUUUCCUGUGAGGGGUAGGGCUGUGUCCCAGUGGUAGGACAGAAACCUAGACAGAAUCUCCAGGAAGGGCUGAGAGUGUCCCCUGCUGAAGACCCUGGAGAGCCUCUGCCAAUCAAUACAGACAGUACUAAGCUAGGUGGACCAGUUUGGUCCAAGCUCUGUGUAGGACAGCUUCUUGUGUUCUAAAAGGCUAAUGUAUUGGAGGCUUUUUUGUUUAGCAGCAAAUAACACUACUAAGGUAGGGACUAGAUAGAUGUUUAUCAAAUUACACAUGGCAUAUAGGAAAUGGUGAGAUUAUAUAGAGACUUCCUUCCACCAUAAGACUGGAACCUCAGGUGGCUGAUUACUUUGAUUGUCAGUAGACAAGAAAAUGCUUCUAUAGGCAGGAUUAAUCCAUGGGGCUUGCUUACUGCAAGCUGUAGCGUUGGCCCCUGGCUUAGAUGGCAUGUUCAGAGGAGGGGGAGGGUUGUUGAUGGCUGAAUGGAACCUUCAGACAUCUUCAGGGGCAGAAUCAGAUGCUGGGAAGGGUUGCUGCCCCUUCCCCCCAGCUUGGGGGCUUCCCAGAGGCACCAGGAUGGCUAAUGUGAGAAGCAUCAGGAUGCAGGGUGUGGUGAUUCUUGUAGCUGCAGUGUGAUCUGCUUGUUUCCUCACAGAGGAUUGGAUUCUCAGCAUCUUCAUUCCAGUCCCUUGUGUGGAAGUGGCUUGUCCAAAACUUUCUGCAUUGUGAUGAGUUCAGAGAUGGCAAGUCCAGGAAAUGUGUGCUGUGAAGAGAGAAAUACCUUUUUGUCUUCUGCAGGAAAUUGCCUUACAUAAAGGCAUCCCUGAAGUCAUAGGCCUGAAUGUUGAUGCGCUUGCCUUGCAUUAAGGAAUUGAGGAAAGCAUUCCAGCAUAUCCCUCUCCUGUCUUGAGAGGCUGCUGGGGCAGGACUUUUCCUUAUGAAGUAGGUGGGGAGCCCAUUUCGGCACCUCAUUUCUUUGAACAUGAAUCAGCCAACUUUAAACUGUUAGAGGAGCCCCUCUCUCCUUCCAUGAGCUCAUGUGGGUGUUCAAUAGAAUGCCAUACAUUUGAUGUGAUAUAUCUGAGCUUCACAGCCUCCAUGUGUGUUUGUUAGGUUAGGUGAACUUAACAGCUCAGCAGUGAUUUUAACAAUUAGAUGGAGAUUGCUUGAUGUAUAUCUUUCAGAUGAAUAACAGAAGCCUUCCACACUUGAAUCCAGCCACUGCUGCACUAGUGUUCAGGUUGGUGUAGUGAGGACAGUGUCUGCCAAGUAUUUUGCCAGGGCAGUAAAGCAACCGGCAGUAUAAACUGGUGGAUCAUGUGUCUUGCUAUUUGUGGCUGAGGUUAUCGACACUCAGAGCGCCAUCAGUGCUCAGCUUUUGAACGUGUGUAGUUUCCCCCAGGUUCUUCUUACAAAGUGGAUCAUGGUUGUGAAAAGAAACCCCUUGUAGGGGCCAAGAAGAGAACUUGUCUGUUCACUUUGAGGGUUUCCUUUUCCAGCUGGUACUUUUUGAGGAAAGGCCAGCCGUUCUUUGAACAUCUUCUUUCCCUCUGUCUUGACUGACCGUGUUCUUUUCUCUCUUCAGGGACCACCUCUCUGCAUCACCUCAUUUUAUGCUGUCCCCUCGGCGGCGCUACCCCAUCCAGCAGGCACAGUACGCCUCUCUGGGGACCCUGCCCUCAAUCUGCUGGGAUGGAUAUCGGCGUAAAAACAGGCUGUCUGUCCACAACUCCAGCCUGGCCCGGAGCCCUGUGACGGUGAAGAUUGCUCGGCCAGACAGCAGCCUCUGCCGUUCCCCACUGUAAGUCUCUGGCUAGGAUCUGUCCCAAGCCAAGCAAUUCCUUCAUGGGUAUAUUUUUUAUAUUUUAAUAAUCAAAAGAUUAACAAAAGCAACAAACAAUAAGCAGAACAAAAUGCAACAAGACAAAACAAAAAGCCAAAACAUUUUUUAAAAAAUCAAACUAAAACACAAUUCCAAUAAAUGUUUAAAAUGGCUGGGUAGAGCUAGGAGAAAUUGGGGAGAUCCCUUCUGGUGGAUUUUGAUUUUGAUUUUAGGUGUGUACACAGCCUAAAUCUCACUUGGCCCUGUUGCCUCAUUAGGCCAUGUCCUGAUUGGUUGGUGUGAGCGGCCAACCCUCUCUUCCUCCUCUUCAGCUGAUGGCCCUAGAAUGACUUCUUAAUCAGCAUCAGCUUGUUGCCCUAGAAGAGCUUUGUGAGGUCAUGAGCCAGCCCUCAGGCUGAUGUGCAGAGAGACUCCUUGCAGCCAUAACUCUUGCCAACAAUAUCUCACUGGAUUCAGGCGGGUGGGGACACCUUGCCUCCUGGGUGAGAGCAUAUUGUUGGGAUGCAGGAGAGCUCCGAUUCCUUAUGACUACUGUUUCUUCCUAUUCACAGGUUGGAGCAGCUGGCUUCCCCCGUGGCUUUCUCUGCAACGCCCAACAGUACCCUGGACCCAUGCGCCAAAGAGACGGUCUUGAGCGCUCUCAGGGAGAGCCGAAAGAGGGCCGUGGAGGAGGAGGAGGAGGGAGAGGAGGACCGGAAUGUCCCAGGUGGCCAGGAGAGCAAGAGGAGGUAACAGUCAGCAGUGGCCUGUCUGGUUGCCAGCAGCAUCCGUUAGGGCACAAAGGGGCUGAGAUCCUGGGACUGAAGAUGUCGGCCUCAGAACCAUUGAUGCUUAAUCACUGAGAAAAGGCAGAAACAACCCAAGUCGUACCUUGCCCCUAUCAAGGCAGGAGUGGGUUCUUGGUGACAUAGUGAGCCUCAGGUUCCUACAUGUUGUUGGAACUCUCUAUAUCCCCCAAGUCUCUUAAGUGAGUGAACUACACUGUUGUUUAAGGGACCUGUGUACAAGUGCUUGAGUAUUCAGGUGCUUGCAGCUGAAAUUGUAGGUGCUUUUCCUCCUUCCUGGGCCUCCAACUGGGCUUGUGGUUGCAUGGGGGAGACAAAUCCCAAGCCCGUAUUGCUAUGUCAUACAGGUUGCACAGCCAGGAGGAGGAGUGUGGCAAUCAUGGUUCUCACUCUACACCCACACAUUCUCAGCCUCAUGCUCAGUUACGGUUUGGCUUCGCUUUGCUUCCAAACUGGACCAUGGCACUGUUGCAAUGUGGCUUUGUGAGGGUGAGAGGCUGCUGAGAUGGGCUUCAGUUUCAAUUAGCUGAAAAAUCUAAAAGAGCAAGACCCCUCUCUCAAAACCAUUUGACUAAUUUCUGAAUAGCCCCCUUCAAAAAAUGAAUGAAAUGGUAAACCACCAGCCCCUUGCAUCACCUGCUAAGUUGCACAAAGAUUUAAACUGGGGUCUUCCAAGCUUGUUGGCAUCCGCCACUAUGCCAUCCCUUGCCUUGCCAGGCUGAGAGCUGAGUUGGCCUUGCUCAGUAUCGUAAAUGAGUUGGAUCCAUGCUUGUGGCGGCUACCCUCUUACGUUUUCUGAAGACCUUUUUUCCCUUUUCUCUCCCCCCUUCCAGGCGCCAUGAUAGCAGCGGGAGUGGACAGUCUGCCUUUGAGCCCUUGGUGGCCAACGGCGCCCCAGCAUCUUUGGUCCCCAAGUAAGUACUGAGAGCUUUGCCUGGAAAAAGGCUUCCUCCUAAUAGUAUUAACAAAUAAUGGUGGAGUGUAGGGGAGCAGUACUUGUUACACCAAUCAAGUUAAGAGGCCUGACCUCCAUCCUCUCCCCUCCCCUCGCCUGCUUUAAAGUAUUUUUAAAAAGAGAGAAACCACAAUUGGAUCUGCUUCAUCGUGUGUCCUUUGGCGCUGAAAUGCUGCUGUGCACAUGGUUGUGCUAGGAGAGGCAGAUUGAGGCCAUUGUUCAUAUGCGUGGAGAGAAGUUCGAGGUUUGGCAAAUCUCUCCAUGCUCUUCUGGAUAUGAAUUGUGAGGUGAUUUCUGUAAAAGGCCAUCUUCCCAGCAAGGCUUUGACAGAAGGAGAGCCCUGUCGAAGGUGGCUCACCGUGCUACUGCCAUCUCUGCCUCUUGCCCCUAGGCCUGGCUCCCUGAAGCGCUGUCUCCUCCUGUCCCACUGCCUGGAAGAAGGCUCCUCCAAGAGGUCGCGUACCUCCUCCCUCAGCUCCAUCAACAGCCUGCCUGUAGGGGGGAUCCCUAGCUCCAUCCGCAAUGCCAUCGCCAGCUCCUACAGUUCCACCCGGGGCCUCUCACAGGUACGUGCCGGUCCCUUGACUUCUUUUCCCCAUGGUCAGGGAGGCUGGAGAUAUUUAGCAUCACAAGUCAUAAUAUAUUAACUGAGCGGCAAUCCCUUUGUGUAAAUUAAUAAGAAAAUCAGUAGUUCUAAAUCCAGUGUUACAGUACUUACUUUUCAAUGGUCUUCAUCAUCUUAAGUCUCAACUUCAACAGAAAUGUUUUAAUUGUUUUUCUCAUAUUUAAAAAACCAAAAGUUUAUACCUGAGAAGUCAUGCUUAGGUCCCGUCCCCCCCCCCCCCACUGUUAGAGAUUAUACAUUUUCAACUGGUAUAAUUCAUGGCGUGUUGACUGCAACUGAUGAGUCAUAGUCCAAAACAUCUGGAGCCCAGUUUGCAGAAGGCUGCCCUAGUUCUAGAUAAAAUUGAACAUGGGGAUGGCAAAGCCACACUGGACAACUGAGAUGCCCCUAAGAGUUCCCACUUGUAGAAGGCCCAGCUGACAGCAUAUAGCUUUAGUUAAUCUUUGAAAGUUAUCCCUGAAAUGAAAUGCCUUUAGGACAUGGAACAUGAAAGGCCUCUCAGAGUUCCAAAAAUAUUUUCAUCUCCUAGGAACAUUGUUGCUCCGUGUCCUGACUUCUUGUAUCAUCGUACUUCAUCUUAUUUUAUCUUCUAAUUCUCUGGGUUGGCCUGUUGGCCCUUCACCCAGCUACCUGGCGGACAUGAAGCCAGUCUGGAUUUGGUCAGUGCUUGAAUUGGAAGCCCCCAAGAAAGCACUUCCAUCUUGAAUUAUAUGAGAGAACAGCAGGGUGUGAACGUGCUUACAAAGUAUGUUACUUCAUCUGUUGGCUAACAUAGAAGGCAAGAUUUAAUAAUUGCAUUACUCUGAUCUUGCUGUGACUUUUGCUGUGUUCCAGGAUUUCAUUCAUUUUAUAUCUGUUAAGACAGGGGGCAUCUGUGGUGCCCUCCAGAUGCUGUUAGAGUCCAGCAGCCCAUCCAGGCAGGACAACUAAUGGUCAGGGUGAUGGGGGUUCCAGUCAGCAAUGCCUCGAAUGCUGCCAUAGGUUCUCCAUUCUUGGAUUAAAUCUGCUGGCUGGAGCUGAUGGGCACUGUAGCCCAGCAACAUCUGAAGGGCCUCAGGUUGGAUGAGGCUGUGCUAAGUGGUUUCACUAGAGCUCCAGCUAAGAGAUGUGUGAUGCUGCCAUCUCACUCUGCCUCUGCUGUCCUCUUUCCUUCCCUCCUCCAGGUGUGGAAGAGGAGCGGCCCAAGCACCUCUCCUCUCUCCAGCCCAGCAUCCUCCCGUUCUCAGACACCUGAGAGGCCGAACAAAAAAGCAAGAUACCCCAAUGCCAGCCUCACGUGAGUGCAUCUUCUCCCUCCCUGCUUGUGGCAGCGUGGGACCAAGGCCAGGAAGGGCCAAGAGGCCGGCCGGGGGGGUGGUUCAAGGACUCCCCCCUUCCCCAUGGUUCGCAUCCAGAGCAACACCUCCCUUUCCUUUCACAUUGCCACCGUUUUCCUAUGUUGAUGCGCCCUCUGGAAAAGAGUGCUGUUUCUGAGUGAAAGCAUUAGAGGUCUUGUACAAGACCAACUUUGCCUUUGAAUAGGUAGAAGGAUUCUGUGAAAUGGGAAAGCUGACUCCUUAAUGUGGGUGUUUUCGGACAGCACAAGGUACAUUUUAUAGCAAGGGUCCUCCAAGGCAUCUGUUUCCAUAGCUACACCCCUUCACCUGCCAGAGUCUUGAGAGCAAUGAGUCCUCAAGAGUCAGGUCUCACUGGCUUUCUCCUUUUGCUCCAGGGAUGAUGAGUCUCACCAGUCUAUCAACUCCACACCUGUGAGGACAGACAAGGAGGCGCCAGCAGAGAAGAAUGAGUGUGAGUAGGCAGGUGGAGGGGGGCAGGGAUGCUUUGCUAAUAAAAAGGUGGACAUACCUGGAGCAGGAACCAGAUGCGGCAUUGAUACUGUUGUGAUGAUCUUAAAGCAAAAAAAGAACAAACGCAAAACUCUUGGUGGGUGGAGCGGGCGGGUGGGCAGAAUGUUUAUCUCAAUACAGGCUAGUUGGGAAGACUUUAGAAUGGCCGGAGGCAGGGGGUGUAUCUUAACGUGUAGCAAUCCAGAUCUCCCUGGAGCUUCCGCUAUCCCUGGCCUUCAGCCACACUGGCUGUCAGGAGUGAGGGGAGUUGUCAGCAGCGUUUGGAGUGCUGGAUGCUACACGUCUCAACCACCCCAUUUUAGAAGGUUUUUCCUCUCACUUCCCAUGUUCACAUUAUGUCCACCUGGGAUUUAUUAGAAGCUUAAAGUGACAGUAUUUAGAAACAGGCCACCAGUGCUGCAGAAUCCCAAGCCUCCUUUGGCUGGGCAGGGCCUCAUGCAUAAAACCGCAGGCUUACCAACUCUGGCCUCUUCUUCUUGCAGCAGCAGAGAUGCCCCUGCGGAGCAGGCACAACUCACCAGUGUCGCCACCUUCAUCAGGCAGCACUGGCAAGCGCAAGCGGAAGAUCCAGUUGCUCUCCACUCGGCGGGAAGAUAAUUUCACCAUGGUACGCUCCUUCUGUUCUUUUUUCUGGACUUAGUUGGCCUUGAGGACAAGCUUGGAGUGAGUGAGAAUGAGUGAGUGCCAAGCUCUUGACUCACUGCCUUUUGCCUUGACUGAGUCAAAGGUUGCUGACCGCUUUGACUGCCCCUGGUGUAAACAAGGCUGAGCCAGGUAGACUGUCUUGGUGUCAGGCUGCUGCCUCUGCUGCCCCUUGGAGGGCUUUCCCUCCUUCCUCUGGGGGCCCACUGGACUGCCAUGCUCACCUGAAGCAAGCAAUGUCCCUCCUCUUCUCUCCACAGCCUUUUCCGCCUCAGCUGGGCUAUUCUGUCACUGCUGCUGACCUGGAUGCAGAAAAGAAGGCUGCUCUGCAGUGGUUCAACAGAGUCCUGGAGGACAAGACUGGUAGGAGCACCCUCUUCCCUCUGUGUAUGAACUGCCUCAAGUUUAGGGAGGGGAGGGCAUUGGAAUAAGGGGCUUGCAGAGUAAAAUAAAACAGAAAACAGGGAAUUUUGGAUCUCCUCAAGAAGGUCCCUUUAGUGGCUCUCAGGAAUAGCAGGUCUAUCAAUUGGCUUAGUACAUUUGGUUGCCUCCUUGGUUGUUGUGUUUGGGUGCCCCUGGGUUUAUUCUGCAUUUAUAUCCUGCUUAAUACAUUUUUUUUAAGCCCUAAGCACUCUGCUCCUUGCAUGCUGGUCCUCCCCAACAGAUUCCACUCCCAGACUCUCAGUGCCGAUGACCUCACCACCCAGCACCCUGUCUUUCGGGACAAUACCUAACAAGUCCACCGCUGUGUCGCUGGCUGUCACAGCUGCCAGCACCAACCCCCUCCUGGAGAGCCUGAAGAAGAUGCAAGAUGGGCAGAGCUCCUCAGGGCAAGCUGGUGAGUGGUUUGGGGAGGCCUUGGGGGAUGAUAGUAGCUUGGCUAUGAUGUGAUUGAGGGUGCAGCUCUUCCCAAGGGCCUUCCUGCUGCAGAAACCUAGCCAUGCUGGUUUGGAAAGGGGUGUGGGAGGGAGGGAGAUUCCAGAGGGGUUUUUAUACUUGGUUUCUUUAAGGCAUCAUACCAUUAAAAGCUGAUCAAUUGCAGUUUCUCAAGGGGGCACAAAAAAUAGCUUGGGUGACACUUCCUUUCAAGGAGUCAGAAUUUCCUACCUUGGGAGCUUCUCUAAUUUGGAGAGCCUUUUUGCAGGAGAACCUCUUCCAGGGUUGCCAGCCUGAUGUUGAUUUCUACCACCUACCCCAGCCAACCACAGCCAGUCACUAGGCAUGAUGGGAGCUGUAGUCCAACCACAUGUGGGGAGAGGGCGCCUACUUGGCUGCCCCUGCUCUACGUCUGUGUGCUCUAUAAGGCAUGUUUCCCUUUCUGAGAUUGCGGUUCCUAUCAGCCACAGCCAGCAGUGCUGUAUAAUGUUGGGACUGGAGGAAGCUGAACAGUGUUAGCCCACAGCUGGUGGGAGUUUCAGUUGCAGGUGGCUGUUCUUAACGUGGUCUGUGGAAUCCCCGCUCCUAUGUGCGAUAGACUUGCUUGUAGCUUCAUGAAGAGUCUUCCUUGAGGAAUGUCCAGUCUUGUUAAGAUCAGGGAGACCUUAAGUCUCAGGUCAAAACCAGCUGGUUACUCUAAGCCACUUUCCAGGGAUUAAUGGACAACAACUACAUCAGAGGAGGUGGGGAGAGAGAGGUUGGCACAGUAUUCUGGAAUUCCUGACAAGUUUCUUGAGGGCACAGACUCCCCUCCCCCACAAUUUGUUUCUUUGCCGUGUGCAGAUGUUAGUUUCUGUCAAGACAGAUGAGUUACCGUAUUUUCCGCUCUAUAACACGCACCUGACCAUAACACGCACAUCGUUUUUAGAGGAGGAAAACAAGGGGGGGAUUCUGAAUGAAACAGUGGAUGUAUCAUUUUUGUGCUUCAUGCUGUGGCCACAGACAUGUGAUCUGAUGGUGAAUUUGGGGUGACCCAAUGCAAAGAUCCUGAGGAUCCAUGUGGAUCCAUGCUUUGUAACCACGUUUUAAGUGGGGAGGGAAGGAAAAACACAGAAGGGACAAGGAGCACGAGAGGGGUGUGCAGAGAAGCAGCUGGCUAAGAAUGCAGGAGAGGGGUUUAACGGGAGGGAGGAAAGGAAGGCAAAAGUUCCCCCCCACCCAAGCCAGCCCCUCUCUCUCUCUCUCUCUCCCCCCCCCCCCUGCAUGUUCCUAGAAUGCUUCCCUGGACGCAGCACCGGAGCACAGAGAGGAAUUGGAAGGAAGGACGUGAUCCUUUCCUUUCCCCUCUGCUUGCCUGGAGGGCAGGGGAUUUCCCUGCUCUUUGUUCCGUUUGAGCAAACACAGGAACCGAAACUGAAGCGGGUGGGCAGUAAGACCCUGAGGCAGAAUGCAGGAAGCAUAGCUUCCUCUUUUCUGGCUUCCCUCCUCCCUUGACUGCGCGAUCUAAUUUUUGCCUGAUUUUUGCCCCUACACUCGGUCCAGUUGGCUCCAGGGACCACACAUUCGCUCAAUAACACGCACAGACAUUUCCCCUUACUUUUUUGGAGAAAAAAUCUGCGUGUUAUAGAGAGAAAAGUACGGUCAGUCUCGGCCCUCUUCAACCUCCCUGUAUGUAAUCACAGCUGGGGUGGCUGAAGGAGAAUAUACAAGUUGCAGGAUUUAACAUUUGACACUGCAUCUUAAAGGCAAGCUGAAGACUGUGAUAUCUGAUGAAGGAGGAGGCUGGGUGGGCAUUGAGAAAAAAUAGUGGUUGUCUGAUGCAAAACAGAGAACUGUUGUUAAUGAGCUUUCCCUGUUGAGCAGCAUUUCCUCUCUGGUAUAGUGACAAUGCUCUUCCUCCCCUGCUAUUCCAGGUCCUGGCUCUGCUGCAGAGACCCCUCCGCUGUCAGCUCCUUCUCCUUCCCUGGAUUUGGGCUCUUCCAUGCCCAUGAGCUCCCCUGAGGUGACCAAGGCCCCACUGUUGUCGCUUGGUGUCCCAGCGCCCCUGGCUACUACAGCACUGUCUUCUUCCUCCAGUGCUGCCCAGCCUGCCAGCAGCACCUGCAGCCCAAUGGCUGCCUCCUCUUCUGAGCUGGGGCAGACUCCAGCACGGCCUGCCUCUGCCCCGAAGCCCAGCACCCUCUUUGGGAUUCUUACUAGCCCUCCUGCAGCCCCUGUGUCAACAACAACGACUGCCUCUCCUGCACCUGAGGCAGCACCCAUGUUCAAGCCCGUCUUUGGCAGCCUGGUGAAGAGCGAGGGGCUGGGUUUCUCCUUGAGUAGCACCACCACGACUGGGCCUGCCCCAGCUACUGGGACUCUGCCCUCCUCCUUGGCUGCUCCUCCUGUCACUUCCAGCAGCACUUUCAAGCCCGUCUUUGGGGCUCCGCCCCCACCAGCCACCUCAGCUCUUCCUGCAACAGUGGCAGCUGCCUCGCCGUUCACCUUCCAGCCGGCGCCCGUGCCCACCCUGCCCGCCAGCAGCUCCACCACCACAGCCACGCCUGGGUUCCCCAUUCCCCUGGAGGCCACUGUGACCACCACUGCAGCAGCUCUGCUCUCCUCCACAGCUGUCUCCUCAAGCAAGGCAGUCUUUGGCUUUGGGCCCACCAUGCCGGCCUCCACAGCUGCACCUAGCAGCACCUCUGCCACCGCACCAGCAUCAUCCCAACAUCCCUCGCUCUUUGGGGCCCCAUCCACUAGCGGCACUGCUCCCCUUUUCCAAUUUGGCAAGCAGGUUGCCCCCACAGGUCCCACUCUCAGCCCCUUGGUGAGCUCUGCCUUCAGCCAGGCACCCUCCUGCAACACAGAGGUGGCUCCCAGCACCACCACCACGACAGCAGGCUUCAGCCUCUUCGGCAACAGCAGCGCCACAACGACCCCUUCGGCCACAACACAGCCUCCCCUGAUGUUUGGGUCCGGCGCCUCUGCAUUCACAGGGGGCUUUGGCACGGCUUCCAAGCCACCGCCUCCGUACCCAACGGACACCAGCCAGCUGGCUUUGGACACAACAGUUGCCGAGAGUCAGCAGGCAGCCACCAAGCCAUCUGCAGGGCCUGUGAGCUUUGAAUCUCAUUUCAGCUUCUCCCAGCCAGCGGCCCAACCAGCUUUUGGCAGUCCCUCACAGACACCCUUCAGUGGGACUGGGCCCCUACCAUCCUUUGGUGCAAAAAGCACCACCCAGCCAGCGUUUGGAGCCACCACCUCUGUCUUCUUUGGGACGGCCACGACCUCCACCACGUCGGGCUUUGGGUCCAACACUCAGACCACGAGCAGCAACAGCAGUGCAGGAGGCCCAGUGUUUGGGAGCUCAGCUCCCACUCCCUUCAGCUUUGGAGCAGCCAACCAGGCCCCUGGAGCAGUCAAUGCCUUUGGCAUGGGUGCAGCUGCUGCUGCUGGCACUGCAGGUCCCGGAGCGGCUCCCGUGAGCUUUAGCUUUGGCAGUGGACAGAUUGGGGCAGCAGGGGCAGCGGCAGCGGCAACACCCUUUGGAUCUUCUUUGGCACAAAACCCUCUGGGGGCCCAGAGCCAGAGCUCUGGUUUCGCUUUCAACAUCCCUGGCACGCAAGAGAGCAAGCCAGCCUUUGGAGGUGAGUCGUUCCCCAACCUGGGAUGGACACACAUACCUGGGUCCUGGGCAAGGGAGGUGGAGGGCAGGGUGGGUCUGCUGCAGCCAUGCCCCUAGCUCCUUUCUCUCCAGGGUUGGCCGCCUUUAAAAAACAGGUUGUAAAUACGACUGCAUUUGCCCACUGUCACCAUUCUUCACCCUCUUCUCUUUGCAAAGCCUGAGAAUUUGUGAGACAGUGUGAGGCACAAUCUGUUAAACGUAGGGGAAGGGAGGAGAGAAACGCUUUCCCUGCCACAUGGAGGUUCUGUGUGCACUCACUCCCCUGAAUCCAGGUCUUAGGUCCAUGCUCCUCUCUCCUCCUUAUUUCCAUCCCUUUUCCUCCACUCCUAGUCUAAAGUUUUAGAUCUUCCCAAAGCCUGGAUUUUGACAGCAGAAUAAAUCAUGCAAAGUCUCUGGGUGUUCACAGAUGCCGAGGUUUUUAUUCUUUGCUGGACUCGCUCUGCCUUUCUGCUGGGCUUUGGAGCAUGAAGCUUCAGUCCUCCAUGUCAGUGACAGACUGAGGCAUGUUGAGAGAGGAGGGGGACAUUUCUCCCUGGGCUGGGAGACAGGCGGGUCCAGACUGACCUGUCUCAUUCUGUCCAAUUGGCCUUGCAUAGGAGGGCAAAGGCAGAGAAGGACUGGCUCUUUUACUCCCAGUCCCAUGCAGUAAAGCGCAGAGACUAGCAUCUUGGCUUUGUUUCCCCUUGGAUGCAUGUCCCUACUCUGGUCGGCCUCUCAUUUCACCACCUUUUGGUCUUCUAGGAGCUCCACCACCCACAUUUGGGCAGAGCUCGCCAGCACCAGGUGCGGGCACAGUGGGGGGCAGCACCCUUUCCUUUGGAACAUCCAUCACCCCCACCUUUGGAAGUGCCGGACCUCCUUUUGGUAAGAGUCUGGGAAGAUGUAGCAGAGUUUUAUGGGACAGGAUUUCUGUCUGCUUCCUUGCUCCCAUGAACUUGAGGGGGUUGGGUGAAUGGUGGGGGGCUGUGGGAUCCCCCAGCAUACAUUUCCCCCCAUCCAGCCGGCCCUGUGUGGCAGAAGGGGCUGUUGCUGUGAGCCCUCCGACCUUGGUCUAUGUAGCCGAGACUGAUAUGGGGGCUUCUUGUUGCUUCUCUGUCUUUCCCUGCAGGACCCCCAGCCCCCACCUUCUCCAUCGGGGCAGGAUCCAAGACUGGCUCCCGCCAGCGGCUACAAGCCCGGAGGCAGCACACCCGAAAGAAGUAGCCAAGAGAGACUUCCUGGCUGGGCUCCAGCUCCCGGCCAACCUGCUGUCGGGCCUAGACUGGCCUGGGCACAGCACCUGCCCAACGGAGGCUGCUGCUUCUACAGCUCACCCUCAGCAGGACUGACUGGCCUAGGGGCCACGUUGUCUCUGACGUCCGCAGGAAGUUACCCAGAGCAAUUUUUACCCCCUCAAACGGGACAGGAGAAACCAAGCCCUUUUUACUUGAACAGUCCAUGACUGAGUCUGGAUUAAAUUUUGUACAUAUCGGCUACUUUCCCUUUCCCCAUGUGAGCAGCCCCCUGUGGAUCCCUCUUCCCUCCCAUCCACCUUCUUGCCUUACCUCAACCUGCUCCCUUUUCUGGCUGCCAAGGGAGGGCAGUGUGCCGGGAGGAGGCCAGCAGCGGUGUGCCAGUUUCCACCUGGAGCCCCCUCCCCUCUUCCUGGAGACAAGUGGCAGAAGGUUCUCCUGAUCCAGGGCAGAGGCCCCCCACACCAAGGGCUUGGGGUCCUUUUCCGAUGAUGCUGUGGCCCACACCACCUUCAGAGCCCCUUUGCAGCUGGCAAAACCACCUUGCCGAGGCUCCAUGGUUGCAGUCACUGUGCUGGGGGCCCUUCGCCGAAACACUAAUCACUGUUCCUCCGUGGCUGGGACCCCCUCCGCAGUCAGGGAGAUGCUGGGGUGGGAGCCAAGAGGUAGCUCCCCACCUCACCCCCCCUUGCUGCUGCUGCUGCUUCACUUGAGCCCCUGCCCUCUUCCAUCUCCCCUCCCCCAAUCAUCCGUCUGUCUGUUCUGCUCACAGAAUGUGUUCUUUCUUUCCCUUUCCUUUUUUUUUUCUCAAUUGCUCUGUGAAUCGAGUUUGGAGGAAGAAUUUAAUUGUAUGUGUGGCGGCAUGUUGGUAAUGCCGGACUUGCUGUAAACAUUUCUUUUGGGGGGUGGCUGUCUUGUCUCCAAGGGAGACGAACCCCGCCGAAUUGGGUGUGGACGGUGGUGGUAGCAGCAUCGCUGCUGCGUGGCUACGUGUGCCGAGUGGAGCCAAGCACUCGGGAGUUUUCAGACUGGGAGGCUGGCAGUGCUAAGCAGGGGGCGGCUCUGUGUGCAUCAUCUGGGAGGAGGAGAGGGAGGUGAAGCAAGGCUGCCCUCCCUAGCAGGGCUGCACAGCUCCAGCGCCUUUGACUCCCUGCACUGGAUUGGCGGGGGGAGAGAAGAGGCUCCAAUGUGGAAGGGCUCUGCAGUCUGCCAGGGUUGCCAUGGCACAAUGCUGGCUGCCCUACUACACAGCACUGCUUGCAAGAGGCUCCAGCAAGCAAAAGAGCACCCCCUCCUCUUCUAAGGAGCUCCCUUCAUUUUGGGAAAGAACAUCCCAGCUCCUCUCCCCCCCCCCCCGCCUCCCUCUUGAAGCGCGAAAGCCCAGUGUCUGCCAGCUUUUUUCAUACAGUGGAGACAACGGUGUGAGAGUGUGUGCGUGAGCCUGCCUAAUUCUAAAUUUAAGAAAAAAAUAUUUAAACAUUUUUUAACAAAAUGAAACUUUAUUUUUGUAUUUAAGCUAAAUUGCCUUUGAAUUCCUUCAAGCUUGGUUCAUAGAAGUGUGUGAAAGUGCAAAGCUGUUCAUUAGGAAAUUAGCUGGGGCGGGGAGCUCUGAGGAGCGGGAGGUGGCCGGGCUGCAACAGUCUCAGGCUGGGAGCCCCUCGUCUGCCUCCCCCCGCCCCAUCCCAUUCCAUGUUCUUGUUUUAUAAUGUGGAUGUGGCUUUGUCUGUCCUGUAAUGCUUGAGAGCUCUUGCACAUUUAGAGGGUGCCUGGCAUGGGGAGUGAGCGUUCUGUCUGGGCUAUUGGAGAGGCAGUAGCCAAAAGCUUCCAUCCAGCCCCUGGAUGUGGGGUGGGGGGAGGUUUCUAAAAGAACGAGGCUUCCACAGAUCACUGCCUGACAUUGGCAUGCUGGUAAUAAGCGGAGCAGUGCCUUGCUAUGGGAAUGGUGCUGUCUUUAAGAACCCCCUUUGUAUCCCUUCCCCCCCCCCCCCAAAGAAACCCAAUUCUGUGAAAGUGGAGACAACAAGUGCUUCCUGAGCUCGGGCUGCCUCUCUCCCUUUACCUCAGUCACGUCUCUGCCCAGCCAGGUAGCCACCACAUCCUGAGCUUGCUAAGGGAAACAGCUUGGGACCCUCCCCGCCACCCCAGGCUGCAGCCUUUCCAUUGAUUGUGUGCAGAGUGCCAGCGUCAACUGUGUGAGUGGGAUGACGUCUGUGAGGAUGGGGAGAAUGAUUGACUUUUUUUAAAAAAAGAAAAUGUCGCAAUGAAGACUUGGAUCAUUCCUGUUGAGGGUUUUAGCGUGAAUGUGCAAUUUCUUUUCCUUGCUUAUGUUGAUUUAAAAUAAAACAAAACUGCUUGAGA